AUGGUGCCGCUGGAUGGCGAGAUCCGUUUCCUGGAAAACUAUGUAUCGCUUGAAAAGCUGCGUAAUAAACAGGACCAUACCAGCAUUGAGUUGGAUGUGAAAGGAGAUACGGCGGGGAAAGAAAUUGCACCGCUGCUGUUGGUCAACUUUAUUGAGAAUGCCUUUAAGCAUGGCGUGAAAGCAGGCAUUGGCCAGUCAUUUGUACGGAUCCGCCUGUACGUGAUGGACAAGGUACUAGCUAUGGAAGUGUCGAAUAGCAAGCCGGACCUGAUCGGUGAAGGCAAGGCGCCGGAAGGGCAGAAGAGCAGCGGUAUCGGUAUCCGCAAUGUGAAAAGAAGGCUUGAAUUGUUAUAUCCCAAUCGUUAUAAGCUGCGCAUCAACCAAUCUGAAAACGAAUUUAAUGUUCACCUGAACUUACAGCUAUUAUCCCAUGGUGCAUGA